UCCGCAGCGGCGGCCAUUCCACAGCAGCAGCCAUGGCUCUGCGCUACCCCAUGGCCGUGGGCCUCAACAAGGGCCACAAGGUGACAAAGAACGUGAGCAAGCCGAGACACAGCCGCCGGCGCGGCCGCCUCACCAAGCACACCAAGUUCGUGCGGGACAUGAUCCGGGAGGUGUGUGGCUUUGCCCCCUAUGAGCGGCGCGCCAUGGAGUUGCUCAAGGUCUCCAAAGACAAGCGGGCCCUCAAGUUCAUCAAGAAAAGGGUGGGGACACACAUCCGCGCCAAGAGGAAGAGAGAGGAGUUGAGCAAUGUCCUGGCUGCCAUGAGGAAGGCAGCUGCCAAGAAAGACUAACAACCCUCCCACCUCCCAAUAUGCACAAAUAAAAUCUUUGCAGAAAAAAAAAA